AUGCAGCCAUCCCAGCCGCAGCAGGAUCUGCCUGCCGGCUUGGCCUAUCCGCCAGCCCAGCAUCCAGGAUCCACCGCGACCACCUACUUUGCCUACCUCCCGUCUCCUUCAAGAUGGACCUUCACGCAGGGGCUCAUUGUCGGUCAAGUCUCCAUGGUCAUCGUCGCACUUCUGCUCAUUCGCUAUGUUAUCUUCGAGGAUUCGGCUACCGCGCUGGAAAAGGAAAGGCUCAUGCGUCUCAAAGUCUCGCAACGUCGGUCAAAGCUGCACGCCAAAUCCUUACUCCAAGGUGCUAGGCGAUCCCACACGGCAGCUUCAUCCUCCUCGCUGCGCAAAUCGCCACGAGUUUCUUCCGACACCAAAGCAUCCAUGUUUGCCAACAUCCUCGACAAGACCGUCUACGACCUCUCGUCCCAUCUUCCAGAGACCACCGAUUGGCUCAACGUCAUGUUUGCCCAAGCCAUCGCAGGCUAUCGUGAAGAUGUACUGGCGGGCGGGGCGUCGACUAGCUAUCACUCUGGGGCCGAUGCCGCUGCUCGUUCCUCACUCCCUAUCGAGCCACAAAAGGAGAGAACGGCCCGCGACUUGAUGGAAGAGAUCCUCAACCGUGCCUCUUCCUCUUUCCUCGACCCCAUCCGCGUCACCGAAGCCGACUUUGGAGACGCAUAUCCCAUCUUCACAAACGCUCGUGUGCGUCCAGCAGAUGACACCGGCCGCACACGCAUCGAGAUCGACGUCGACUACUCGGACCAGAUCACCCUCGCCAUCGACACAAAGCUCCUCAUCAACUUCCCAAAGCCCAGAUUCGCAGUCCUUCCCGUAUCGCUCAGCCUCACCAUCGCACGCUUCUCCGGCACCUUGGCGAUCGAGCUCUUUUCGUCCGACCCCAAUGCUACCGUGCUCCCUACCGCAACUCCCAAUCGAGCAUCUUCCGCUUCGCCGCCACGCUCGCGCCAUCAGCUUCACUUUUCACUCCAUCCCGACUUUGCCCUCGAAGCGUCAGCUUCAAGUCUUCUUGGGUCAAGAGCAAAGCUACAGGAUAUUCCAAAGAUAGAACAGCUUCUCAUCUCGCGCCUACGCGGCUGGAUCCUGGAUCGAUUCGUCUGGCCCAGAUACUGGAGUCUUACCCUACCAAACCUUGUGCCCUCACCUUCUGCGGCUGGCGACCACGACAUGCCUAGCAAUGCCGGCCAAGGCCUCAAUGGUCACCCCGACACAGCCUCUGUGGACUCAUCAGGUGGUCCUGGUCAGAUGAAUGUCAGCACAGGCACCGAGAGGCCCGACGACUCUGUCAUUAAGCCCGGCCAUCACGAGUCGACUCGUCAAGAGAUGCUUCACGCCGCUUCUGAACGCUCGUCCCAGGCUAAUUUUCGCCCACCAAAUCCUCGCUCCUCUACCUCCAGCACGCGCAUAAGCGGCAUGGGCGUGCCGAGCGGCAUCGGCAGCGUCGAGGCAUGGAGAGCUCACACUGCAGGCGUGUACGGCCAACCGUCUCAGCAGCAUGCCACCAGUCUCACUCAGGCUGCCUUGUUACGCGCCAACAGCGGCGGCAUAGGUGCGCCAACCCACAGUGCUCCGGGCUCCGACGUCCAGAUCGAAGUACCUGGCAGCUUUCGUGGCUCCGUGGCAGGCACAGGCAUCGGACCCGCUUCAACCAACGGUGCCGCACAUCACACCGGUUUACGGAAUCGACCAGGUUUUGUGCAAUGA